AUGGGCAUGCUAGUAAACGGUGAGUGGCAUGAAGCAGACAGCCAUCCUGAUGCAAGUGGAUUUAAAGGAACCAUCACAAAAGACGGUAGCAGUGGGUACAAAGCCGAGCCUGGGCGAUAUUAUCUUUAUCUUUCAUUAGUAUGUCCUUUCUCUCAUAGAACUUUGAUCAUGCGCAAGCUUAAAGACCUUGAUAAUGUGAUAGGAGUUGUAUUCGCAAGCCCAUUAAAAGGUGAUCAAGGCUGGGGCUUUUCCGAAGAAUAUCCUGACACUCUUCAUCAUUUCGAGCACCUUUAUCAAUUAUACCAGAUGUCAAGUCCUCGCUUUACAGGGGCAGUCUCAGUCCCUUGUUUAUGGGACAGCCAAACAAAUACUAUAGUAAGUAAUGACUCUGGAGAUAUUAUGAUAAUGCUUAAUGAUUCCUUUGAGCAGGGGAAUAAUGCUGACUUUUAUCCUGCUCAUUUAAGGUCUAGCAUUGAUGAAAUGAAUCAAUUUCUGCUGAAAAUUAACUUUGGAGUAUACAGAACUGGUGGAGCCAAGACUCAACAGGAUUAUGAAAGCCAAGUGGACGCGCUUUUUGAAGCUCUUGAUAGGGCUGAGGCAAUUUUGGAAAGGCAAAGAUACCUUUUAGGUGAUCAAAUUACGAUUGCGGACUGAAGAUUAUACGUGACCUUAGUCAGAUUUGAUGCAGUGCAUUAUGGCUUGAUGAAAUGCAAUUUGAGAACGCUGGAAUCCUAUGAAAAUCUCUCCAAUUUUGUGAGGGAGCUGUAUCAAAUGCCAGAAAUGGCAGAAUUAACUAAUAUUGAUAUCAUAAAGAAAGGAUAUUACUAUUCAUUCAACAAUUUGAAUCCAUCAAGAAUCUAUCCAAAGGGACCUUUCAUUGAUUUUUCAAGAUCUCAUAAUAGAAAUAUAUUAACUUUUUAGCAAUAUAUUUUGCUUGGUGGAUUAAAAUUUUAUAAUAUUAUAUAUAAAAAAAAAUUUCAGAUUUAAAAAAAAAUUGAAUUUGCAAUUUAUAUAUUUUUUUUUUAAAUACUCUCUAAAAUUUAAUAUAACUUACUUGAGAUUUAAUUAUGAUAAUAAAUAAAUAUAUUUUUAAAAAUAACUUUUAUUCCAAAUGAUUAUAUUAACAAUCUUUUGCUAGUUAUCUGACAAAGAGAGGUUAAUUUUUCCAAAAGCAAGGAUUUUUCUAAUAAUUUUGCCCGCUGAGUAAGCAAUUUAACUAA